UGCAGUAAAAGGGGGAGGGGCUCAUGUGUAGCAACCACACUGUGUCUCUAUAAUACAAGCCCUGAGGCUGAGGUAGCUACCUUGUGACAUUCUGUACAGACUCUAGCAGAGGUUUUCUGACUGUCCAACAGCACAAAGAAACACUCAAAGUACAUGCAGGUAUGCCUCUACUGAAAAAGAAGUUCACCCCUCCACCCCCACCACCCCUCCCUCCGCUGUUACCUAGCAACAAGGCCACACCCUCCAAUGCCAACGGAGCCUCAAAGACACCACCCAGGGAGACAAAACAAGACCCCCCACCACCACCACCACUACCACUGACAGAAGAGAUAGAAACAGCAUCAAUUGAAAAUGCCCCCAUUAGCGAAAGUGGGAAUAGUUCGAAAGCAAGCAGUACACUCAGCGUGGAUACUAGCCACAGUGGCUCAAAGGAGAAACUUUCCCACUCCUCACAAGAAAUCAAUAUAAACACUAAACCUGAAGACGAUGUCAACAAAAGCAGCACAGAGAAUGAUGGUAAAACAGGCGAUGGUAAGAAAGAGAAACCUAAACCUCCGAACAAGCCGUCGCGAUUGAAGCGUGCUCUGACAAGCGGUUCUUUAACUUUACAACGACUAAAAACCACAAAAAAGAGAGACAGUAGCAAACGAUUAUCGGUGAAUGUUUUAGAAGAUGAACCAACGAGUGAGGUACGAGGUGGUGGUUUAUGGAAACUGCCAGGAAUGGAACUAACUGCAUCCACCACACCACCUCCGAAAGAAAGACCACUGAAAAGCACAGAAGCUAGCCGAUCGAAAUUCGAUGAAAUGGCCAACAAACUGAAGAAAGAAUUGCCCUCUUUGCCUCAAGAGAGAGCGGUUACUCCAGUAUUGUCUUCACGAGAAAGCAGGUCAAACAUUGAGGGUUCUGAUAUAAAGAACAGAGAGCUGCCGCCGCUACCAACAGAACAGCACGCUAUAUUAUCACCAACUGUGCAAACCACGCCCCUUGCAAUUAGUGGUGUGAUGGUAUUGGAUGAUUUUGAAACAUACUCUGAGUUGAAACCAACAACUUGCGAAGCCGAUACCAGUAAACUAAGCGAUUCGAUUUCCAGCCUUCCUGCCGCUAGUGUUGAAGCUCCUCCCCCUUUACCAGCUAGAACGUACACGCCCACUAGUAAUGAGAGCCGUAGGACGAGUGAAGUGACCACACCCACUGACUCCACCCUCGAGGGGGCGUUGAAGAGAUAUUCCGAUUGCUAUCCAAUUCGUUUCAGAGUGCUACAAGGAUAUUGUAAUGAUGCUUCAGACGUGAACAUGUCCACCAACGAUGUGUACGAUAUCCACUCAGUGAAGGAGACUAAGGUGGUGACGGUUAAAGCUGACAGUGGUACCGUUCAUCGCAUUCCACUCGACUCUACACAAAAAGUGGGUCUCAUAUACAACCCAACCCACAGCGACGUUAAAGGUUUAGAAGGUCACGUCUUUAAAAGUAUCGCGGAUAUAACGACCGCCCACUCGUUACCCAAAGUCAUCUGCUCUACGCAAGAAGAUCGGACCAACGAUGGCAAAUACAUUGUCGAGGAAAACGAGAUUUUUAUUGUCAAGCAAAUUCAUCGGACGCUUUUUAAAGGGAAGAAGGGCCUGAAAGUGUUUAGUAUGACGAGCAAGACUGAGAAAGUGCUACCGGAGGAUUGUUGUGGGUACUUCUCAACUAAGCCCUCGCUGGUGCGGUUACAUUUCCCUGAGAUUAUAGCGUUUGUUCCUCAACCAUUGUUCCCAGUGCGAGCUGUACUGUACUCGGCCGGGGAGACUGGGUCCAAUACUGAUCAACUAGGUGUUGUAACUGGAGUGGUUACCAUGGUAGAGUGCAGCACUGAAACCUCAUUGGUCGCAUCAUCAGCACCAUUCGACGAAAACUUGGAACUAAUCCCAAUGGAGGCAGUCGACUUCUCCACAAGUGAACUAAUCGACCUACCGAUGGAUGAUGACAUGCGAUCAUUAGAAGUGGCAGUGGUGCAAACUUCAUCACAGAGAAUCGAUACUGAUACGGUAUUGGAACCAGACCUUGCGUUAUUGGAACCAGAACCUACAUACGACGACACUGUGGCUGUUACGAAGGAGCUGCACGAUAUCGAUGCCCAUUCAGAGGACUCCGACCAUUUAUAUGAUGACACAGUUAAUGUGCUGGGCAAUGUUGUCGAACGCUCACAGGAAUUUGUCACUUCCACUGGUCAUUUGAAUGAUUCCCAUUCUCAACUGAAUAACUCCACGUAUUUUGAUAUCGGACGCGAUCAUAAGGAGAAUGGAAACGGAUUAGCAGAGGAAGAUGAAAUGGGCGGGUACGACACUGUAGGGCUUCACCUUCUCAACGGGAACACACGACGAGGUGGUCGCUAUGGGCAACACGACAGCUAUGACGACAUGUGCGCUGAUCCACGACUCACGAGCUGGAUGGAAGACCUACAAGCGACCACCACCAGCAUAGAGGAGAGGAUAUCGUCCAUGGAGACUGCGCAGAAACCUUCUCCAGAUAUAACCAAGGUGCAGGACACACUGACACAGUUGACUACUAAGCUUGAGGCAAUGGAGUCACAGCUCCAGGCAAUAGUAGCCACGCCCCCUCAGUCUGCUAUACCAGAAGAUCAGGCUGCUACACAAGGUUCUACUGAGGAGAGCAAUAAAGCCUACCUCUCCACACUCAGUAUAGAGCAGGUAUGUGCUUUAUUCGAUGCCAUGAGCCUGGGCCAGUACCGGGAGCACUUGGAGAGAGAGCUGGUCACUGGAGACAUUCUGUUGGAGUUUGAUGAUGAAGUAUUGAAAGAAGAGCUCGGUAUAAAGUCCAGGAUACAGAGAAUACGAGUGAUGAAGGUUAUACACGGACAACACUCUGCUAGAGACUUACUCAACAAGUAGCUUACUAUUAAUUUUUAUAAACCUCCUCACCCAGUGCGAAUUAUACAUUGUAUAUAUAUACAGCAGUUUUAUAGCGAGCAACACAUGUACGCAGAUAAUACGUGUACUGUACUUAUUUAUUUAUUUGUGUGUCUAUUAUACUUAAUUUCUGUUGGUUCAGCUUUUGCUAUAAAAAAUUAUUGUUCAACCAUG